AUGAAGGUCGUUCUCAACCUUGCUCUUGCUUCCCUUGUUGCUGGUGUUUCCAUCCGUAGCCCUUCUGUAAAUCUCUAUGAAGGUACCAAGGUCUACCAUGUCAAGACCGGCCGGCAUGUAGCUGAAGUCCAGAAGAGACUUUCUGAGCUCUCUCAUAACAUUUGGGAGUCCGCCUCCGACCACAUUGAUGUCGCUGUCCCUCACCACGAGGUUGCCAGAUUCGAAGCGCUGGGCCUGGACUCACGUGUUCUGCAUGCAGACUUGGGAUCUUCAAUUGCUGCUGAGGCUCAAGUAAAGUCUACCUGGAAGAGGCAGGAUAGCAACAGCAAUGGCGACUGGUUUGAUAGCUACCACCCAUACGAGGAUCACGUCGACUACUUCAAAGAGCUGCAAGAGUCUUUCCCCGAAAACUCAAACUGGACGAGUUCCGGUACUUCGUACGAAGGUCGUGAUAUCUAUGGUAUUCACAUGUGGGGCAAUGGCGGCCCUGGAAAGCCCGCUGUGCUCUGGCACGGCACUGUUCACGCCAGAGAGUGGAUUGUUGCCCCUACUUUGGAGUACAUUACCAAACAGCUCAUCGACGGCUACAAAGCUGGUGACAACCUUACACAGACAUUCCUGAACAACUAUGACUUCUACAUCUUCCCCAUCGUCAAUCCGGAUGGUUUUGUGCACUCUCAAACAACUGAUAGACUGUGGCGUAAGAACCGUCAGCCGCCUCCAGCAACUGCUGCCAACCAGACCUGUUAUGGUCGUGAUAUCAACAGGAAUUGGGAACACAAUUGGGACGCCAACACUCGCGGCGCUUCAAAGAAUGAAUGUUCCCAGACCUACCGUGGUGAGCACCCUCGUGACACGCCAGAGAAUGCCGCGAUGGACGACUUCCUCCGCAAUCUCCGUGACGCGCAGGGCAUCAAACUCUACAUCGAUUGGCACAGCUAUAGUCAGCUGAUUCUGUGCCCCUUUGGUCACAAUGAGUAUCUUUACGCUCCAGAGCUUGGCAGAUGGACACGUGCCGCCUCGUUGAUGAGCCAGGAGAUCGCACAAAACUCCUCGAACGCAACAACUUACACUUUCGGACCUAGCGGAGCUGUGCUUUACCCCACCACUGGAGUUGGUGUCGAUCACGUUUACGCUGUCGGCCGCGCUGAAUGGUCCUACACCAUCGAGUUGCCGGACACUGGUGACUUUGGUUUCGUGCUGCCCCCGGAGCGCAUCCGUCCGGCUGUCGAAGAAUCCUGGGUGGGCCAGAAGGUUCUUUUGAACUUGUUGGACGAAGUAUUCUUUGACGGAGAGGGACCAGCAAUCUUUUACUGA